AUGAUCGGUGAUUUCCCAGGCGGGCAAGGCUGCCUAGAGGGCCCGGUGUCACCACACAACUACAAACGAGCUGUAUAUCGACAGGCACCGCUAAAGUUCACAGUAGAGAUGCUAGGGCCUCAGAAGCAAGGCGGGAAUUAUAGCUUUGGAAUGCUCAUACGCCCUCUCCAUGAUCGUUCCUCACUAAACUCUGCUCGUCGCUCUAUGGCUGCAUACGAGGUCUGGCGUAGGUGGGAGGAUUGUUUGUGGCUGCAAGAGACAAUUGAGAUGGAGUAUGAGCGACUGGCGAGGCAGAAGAGGCAGAGGCUAGUGAAGGGGAAGGGUGUGAAGAAGAACGGCAUCUAUCUGCAAGGUGAAGCUGCAUCCUUCGAAUCCCUUCCUCCAGGUCCCGACCCUAAAUCCAUCGCUCAAAAUAUACAUGACACCAUACCUCGGCUGUCCAAGAAAGGCACGCUGUUUCGCGCGAGCAUGGCGUUAGUGGAGCAGCGGCAGAGGGAGCUUACCAGUCUUAUCGAAGGCCUUUUCAGAGAUGAUGUCCCCUCUCUCAUCCAAGAACUGCGGGAAAGUAGGAUCGUGACGGAUUUCUUUGGGUACUGGCGCAGAGACUUCGACCUAGCGCAGAAGACCCCCCGAAGAGACUCGACACUCCCGAGAACCUCGUUCAGCAGUGCGUACUCGACCGAAUCGGAGCAGAGCACUCGAGGCCCCAAGCGCCCCGUCUCGGUCAUUACAGUGACUCGACCACCGCCCCCGAUACGCAUCUUUUCCGCUCCCGCUACUCAAUCAGCACACAUACUAUCAGAUGAAGACUUACCCCGCUCGAGCAUAUCUUCUUCUUCAUCUUCGCCCUCCUCCCGAGAUUCACAGAGUUCUUUAGCCACAUCAAGUCCUACCCAUGUUGUUGCUGACGAUCACGCUGUCAUUGCAAACCACAGUGGAAAACUAGCACCUGAUUACAUAUUUCCUCACAACCGCGGUAUUAUUGCGUUGGAAUCGCUCCCAGAAGACGCCGUGCUCCCCACGAAGCUCGAUAGCAAUGAACCAUCACCAAUACCGCCUGCAAGACGUUUGCAGCGGAGUGGCUCAUUGAAUGGUGAAUAUCCAAGGAGAAGUCCUAAUGUAUCAUCCCGCCGUUUGGCAAGCCGUGACUCUUGCAUGUCCGGAAUGUCCAUACUGGAUGGUCUGGGCGUUGUUCUCCCAGAAAGUCCCGUUUUCACAAACCACCGACAACGAGACUCCAUCAGCAGCGUUUUGACCACCAGGUCUUCCGACGCUAUCAUCCCUAUGUCUUUAUCAAAUAGACGGCGCUCUCUGAGUGCAGCAAGCCCUAACGACAUCCCAUAUCGUUCUCUUUCUGACGAUGAGCCGUAUUCGGAUCGCGACGAUGACGAUGACAUUGAUCCACAUUUCUAUGAUGCAUUCCCUAUGCCAAAUCCUCCGCCUCUUCCGAGCCGUGGAUCGCAGAGCCGAUUCCAAACAAGUCGUCAACAUCUGCGUCGCAUGAAGUCUAAUGGUACACCUUCCUCCCCAAACCUAUCCCUUCCAUCUCCGUCAUCCCCAAUUUCCCCAGCGCUCAGCCCCAUUUCUAUGUCCCCCAACCUUUCUGGGCCAUCAAUGUUUGCCAAAGCCGCCUAUCAAUCUGUCAUUGUCCUUCUACGUCUCGCUUGCGACGUCACAUUCUGCUCCGUUCGUUCGAAGCUCAAGGAGAAAUUCUCUUCCCAGGGAGUGGAGUUGGAGGAUUCGUUCGCUCUUUAUCUCGUUCUGCCUUUACCGGUACCGGAAGACGGGGGUUUGCUGACGCCGGGAGUGUUGUCUGGGAAGCCGAGGCAGAGGACUAGCACAUUGUCUAUGUCACUCACUGAUAGCUCUCGGCUGAAAGUCAUUCGGUGUCAGGCUGAUUGGGACAGGGUUGUUGCGCCGUCUGAUGGGGCGAGGCUGACGCUCAGAGUGCUAGACGAGGAGAUCAACGAUUGA